AUGACGGACGCCCAAUCCCGGAUGGUGGCCAUGAAGCCAAAAUUAAUGGAGCGGGGUCCAUUCAUGAUGAUGUUCGGCUUCGGCGAUGCGUUCCCGUCGGUGUGCCGCACGUCCCUCUCCCGCGUGCUCAAGACUGGCGGCCUCCCCUACAGUGUCCUCAACAUCGUCGACGCGAUCUGCGUGUUCCCGCUGGCUUGGGCCAACUUGGGGGGCGUGUUGCAGGUCUUCUGCUGGCUCGCUUUUGGCACCCUGCAGGGGCGCCCCUGGUCCGGCGCGUUGUGGGCGGCUGGCGUGGGCCCCAUCGUCGAGGGCCUCUUCGUCCUCGCGCGCCACUUCAAGCAGCGUGUCAUCGGGGUUUGCGCGGACGACGUGGGCGCGGUCCUCCCCUCCACGCAGAUUGUCCACCCAUUGAGCAGCGUGUUCUUUGCUGCGGAGCACCUGGUGCACCUGGCGUUCUCCGCUGGCCUAGAGCUGCGGGUCAAGGUGAAGUUGGCUGAGCUGGCACCGCGCUGGGCGGACAUGCAGGUCGCGCCAGCAGCGGAGUACCUUGGCGUGCUGCUAUACCCUUCAGUCACGAACAACAUGCGUUGGCAGAAGGUGGUUGCUGGCUGGAAGCACGCGGCCCGCGCGAUCGCAAGCGCGGGGGCCCCAGCCAGCGCGCCUGCGCAGUUGUGCAACCAGCGCGCGGUGACGAAGGCCUCUUACAUGGCCCAGCUGCUUUCUUGGCCCAGCACGUGGCGACGGAAGAAUCGUGGGAACUCCACCGACUGCGGCAUCUUCUUCACCGGUCGUUUC